AUGACAACGGUUCACAUCAUCGAUGUGGAAAGCGGGAAUCUCCGCUCUCUGGUGAAUGCCAUCGAAUAUUUGGGAUUCCAAGCUAAACUUAUCAGCCGUGCUGAUGAUCCAGAGCUGGCUGCAGCCAAAGUGUUGAUGCUUCCUGGCGUGGGAAACUUUGGCCAUUUCGUGGAUAAUUUGGCAUCAAGGAAAUUCGAACAACCAAUCAAAGAUUACAUUGCAUCGGGAAGACCUAUUAUGGGUAUCUGUGUGGGGUUGCAGACAUUUUUCAAGGGUUCAGAGGAAUCGCCAGCCAGUAAAGGUCUGGGCUUCCUGGACUACCAACUGACUAAAUUCGAUGCAACUGAGAAACCGGUCCCUGCAAUCGGUUGGAACACAUGCACUCCACAGGGAAAACUGUUUGGACUCGAUCCUUGCAGCAGAUAUUAUUUCGUUCAUUCCUAUGCUGCCGUUUUGAACAAAGACUCCAAAAAUGCACUAAAUCAGGCUGGCUGGGACAUUGCAGUGUCGAAAUACGGCUCUCAAGAAUACAUCGCUGCCAUCGCCAAAGAAAACAUUUUUGCGACACAGUUUCACCCAGAAAAAUCUGGGCACGCAGGUCUUUCCAUCAUCAAAAACUUCAUCGAACAAAAACACCCAGCCAUCCACCAUUCAGCUCAAGAAAAUGCUUUGUUGAUGAACGACUACUCAAAUUACGGGCUAAGUAGAAGAAUCAUUGCAUGUCUGGACGUUCGUGCAAACGACCAAGGUGACUUGGUUGUUACAAAAGGUGACCAAUAUGAUGUACGUGAAAAAGAAGAAGGUGGUAACGUUAGGAACCUUGGUAAACCUGUGGAAAUGGCGAAAAACUACUAUGAGCAGGGUGCAGACGAAGUGACAUUCCUAAAUAUUACCAGCUUCAGAGACUGCCCGUUGAGAGACACCCCCAUGCUGGACGUUCUUAGAAUGGCCGCCAAGACCGUUUUUGUUCCUCUCACUGUUGGUGGAGGUAUCAAGGACAUUACAGACGUCGACGGGAAGGUGAUUCCCGCGCUUCAAGUGGCCGCGCUUUAUUUCCAGUCAGGAGCUGAUAAGGUAUCGAUAGGUACAGAUGCUGUUUAUGCUGCAGAAAAGUACUAUGCAUUGGGUGGACAUGGCGACGGCACGUCACCAAUAGAGACUAUCUCCAAGCCGUACGGUGCUCAAGCCGUCGUCAUUUCCGUGGACCCCAAGAGAGUAUACGUCGAUGGCCCUGAAUCCACGAAGAACAAGACGUUCAAAACGAAAUACCCCAAUGAAAAGGGUCAGGAAUGGUGCUGGUAUCAGUGUACAAUCAAGGGUGGUAGAGAAAGCAGAGACAUUGGUGUUUGGGAGGUAACGCGUGCCUGUGAGGCACUCGGAGCAGGCGAAGUGCUCUUGAACUGUAUCGACAAAGAUGGUUCCAAUUCCGGUUAUGAUUUGGAAUUGAUCGAACACGCCAAAGAGGCGGUGCGCAUUCCAAUCAUUGCAUCUAGUGGCGCUGGUUCUCCUGAACAUUUCGAGGAGGCGUUCGAAAAAACAAGAGCAGACGCGUGCUUGGGAGCUGGUAUGUUCCACAGAGGAGAAUUUACCGUGACAGACGUUAAAAAGCAUUUAUUGAGCAGAGGAUACAAAGUUAGAAUGGAUUGA